GAAUUCAUUAUUUGAGUACAGACUGUAUACGUACUCAAACCUCAUCCUCUUCGUUUAUUUGAUAUCAAAUACCUUACAAACCUGUUGCUUACAUGGCGAAGUCGAAUGUGACGUUGAGCUACUAAUUUAGAAAACGAGUUUUCACUGACCAGUAUCGUGGUUUCAUGAGGUAUUCGAACCAUUCAACCUGUACCUGGUUAAAAUAGUGCUUUCUAAUUUCUCAUCGGAUUUCCGUCCAUUGUUUUCAACAUGAUUAACACAGGGAAACUUUCAGGUUUGACUAUCUUCAUUACUGGAGCAAGUCGUGGAAUCGGCAAAGAAAUCGGUAAAAAAGCUGCCAAAGAUGGUGCUAAUAUAGUAAUAGCUGCGAAAACAGCCGAACCUCAUCCCAAAUUACCUGGUACUAUUUAUACAGCAGCGAAAGAAAUCGAAGAAGCUGGUGGAAAAUGUUUACCUUGUAUCGUCGAUGUUCGUGAUGAAAAUCAGGUCGCUUCUGCUGUUCAAAAAGCGGUUGAAAAAUUCGGCGGGAUCGAUAUCGUUGUUAAUAACUGCAGCGCUAUUUCUAUGACCGGUACUCUGGAUACUGAUAUGAAAAAAUACGAUUUAAUGAACCAAGUUAACGCUCGAGGCACUUUUUUAACAUCGAAAUUAUGUCUUCCAUAUUUGCUGAAAAGUCGUCAUCCGCAUAUUCUGAAUAUAAGCCCUCCGAUCAACUUGAACCCGUUAUGGUUUAAACAACACGUAGCUUAUACGAUCGCUAAAUACGGUAUGUCCAUGUGCGCCUUAGGAAUGGCUGAAGAAUUCAGAGCUGAUAAAAUCGGAGUUAAUUGUCUAUGGCCUAGAACUGCUAUUUAUACUGCUGCGAUGGAAAUGCUGGGUGGAAGUGAAUCUGCUAAUGUUUCUCGAAAACCGGAGAUAAUGGCUGAUGCUGCGUACGCGAUACUUUGUAAAGAUCCGGCUGUAUGUACAGCUAAUUUUUUCAUCGACGAUGAAGUACUAUCCAAAGCAGGAAUAUCUGAUUUCGAUCAGUAUUUGAUUGAUCCAUCUAACCGAGAUAAACUCCUGCCUGAUUUCUUUUUGGAUGACAUUCCACCUCAAUUCGGAGACGGAAAGGUAGCUUCAGGUAAACCAGACGGAGAGAGUUUGGAAGGUAAAGUCGAUCAUAUCUUCAACAUCAUCAAACAGAGUCUUUCCGAAGAAAUCGUACAAAAUACAAGAGCUAUAUAUCAAUUCAAUACCACUGAUGGCAAACGAUCUUGGUUCGUUGACUUGAAGAAUGGAAGUGGAAAUGCUGGCAAUGGACCAGCUCCCGUCACCCCGGAUGCUACAUUAACUGCUAAUUUGAACGACGUGUUCGAUAUAAUCACCGGUAAAGUGAAACCAGUAAACGCUGUGUUUUCUGGAAAACUGAAAAUUGCUGGAAAUAUGGAAAAAGCCAUCAAGUUGGGAAAACUGAUGACUCUUUUGAAAUCAAAAUUAUAAAUCUUUUUAGAUAAUUUGCGUGAUAUCAUGAAUUGAAUUCUACGGUUCUGUGUGAUUUUGAGGAGUUACGGGUGUAGCAAUUUAUAUACGAAUUGUAGAUGUUAUAAUGUUAUUUAUUUUUUUCUCAAACUGUAUCUAGGUAAAAGGCUGGUUUUAUACUUGUAUUUUUUUUUUUUUAAUUCAGUAUUUAUUCAUUUUUAAAAUGUUGUUAUUUUAUAUAAACCCAUACUUAUUUCAUGCGAAUAAAAUCUGUGUUUUUUUUGUGUUUUA